AUGGCGGACAUGCCCGAUUUGUCGCAUCUUUCCGCUGAGGAACGGGCAAUCAUCGAGGCGGUCUUUCAACGACAACAUGCUGAAGAACAAAAGGAACAAGUCGAAUCCGAAAUCGCCGAUCAAGAGCUGACCAACAUCGAUAAACAGAUCAAUGAGCGAAAGGAGAGCGCGAGGAAACUCGUCGGGACACAGGACGAUGCUAUAUGUCAAAUUUGCCAGAAGACGAAAUUCGCUGAUGGAAUUGGGCACAAAUGUUUCUAUUGUCAGUUGAGGAGUUGCGCGAGGUGUGGAGGGAGAUCGCAAGCGAAAAAUAAACCAAUCUGGGCUUGCUCGUUGUGCAAGAAACGACAAGAGAUUCUGAUGAAAACGGGUAAAUGGUUCCAGCCGGAUGAUCCCAAAGGAAUGAGUCCAAGCCCCUCGAUGACCGGCUACUCUGACAUAAUGUCGAUGUCGCAAAGUCAGAACCAAUUCCCGCAACAACCACCCCAACAACAGCAAACAAUCCAGCCACAACCACAGCCACAACCCAUUCAACAACAACAACCACUUCAACAGGAAAGGCAGCCACAAGUUCAACCUCAACCCCAGCAAAUGGCAUCACAACAAAUGCCACAAACCUCAUCGCAAGGAUAUCCACCACAACAAGGAUAUCCGCCACAGCAACAACAGAUACCCUCAUCGAGUGUUCAAGGUUUCCCCCAAUCAAAUCCACCACUCCAAUCACAACCAUCCCAACAAAUGGCUCAACAAGCCCCACCACCACAACAAAAACAACAACAACCACAACCACAACAACAACAACCCGUUCAACCAAAACCAGAAGAAACGAGCCUCACGGCUCAGGCUUCCCGGCUGGCGAGCGGAUUGACCGGUGGAUUGACCGGAUUGUUCAAAUCGAGCACAAGCACCGCACCGCCACCGACAACGAAUGGAGCCACACAACAACAGAAACAGCAACAACAAGGGCAACAAGGGCAACAACAACCGAUGAGAAAUGGACCCCAACAAGGCCCGCAAGCUCAACAACGAGGUCAAGGUCAAGGUCAAGGUCGUCAACAAUACCCACAACAAGGAGGACCACAAAACCCGCUUCAACGGCAAACGAGUCUAGGACAAAGGGAAAGAAUGCAACGUCAAUCAUCGGCUUCUGGUUACGGACCUCAAUCAUCUCGUCCAGUAAAUGGAACAAGACCAGAAGAUCAACGAUUGAGAAGUCAGGCAUCGAUCGAUCGAGAAAAUGAACGAUAUCGUGAUGAGGAUCGAAGAAGAGAUGAUGAAAGGAGGAGAAGAAACGAAGAGCGACCGAUGUUCUACACGGAGAAUGAGGAUCGGCCCCUCGAUGAUAGAGAUCGAUUGCAUGCAAGAGAUGGACGAGGAAGUCAACAAAGGAGAACACCAUCGCCGACGAAUAGAGAUCGAGAGUACGACAAUCGACGGAAAGUCUCGCAACGAGGUCGAUCACCAAAUGGGCCAGUCAACGAUUUGGCAAUGGAUCAACAAUAUGGCUCCACGAAUGCCACCGGAACGACAACAACUGGACGACCAGAAUUCCGAAGAAAUCGAACAGUGGCGAGAACGGAAGAUGACAUGAGAAAACCGUCAACGAGCAAUCGACCAAUGGAGGUUGAAGCUGUGCCGAGAGAAGGAUCAAUUCAUCGACAUAAGAAGACACGAUUGCAUAGACAAUUGAGAUCAAUGUCAUCAUCGGAGGAUGAUCAACGCCCAUCCACUUCAGACGGGCAUCCAAUGGGGACAGGCGGGCAACUUGGUGUCAGUGUUGGCGGUCCAAUCACAGCCACCCAAGCCGGCUUUGGAGAGGAUUCCGUCCAAAGAGUGCCUGAUGAAUGCACAAGCGAGAAGGAUCUCUUACGUUAUAUCUACGGACCCGAGAAGCUGAAUGGAAGAAAAAGCAGUUCAACGAAUCGUCUCCGAGCCGCUGACGAACAUGCAGAAAUCAUGCCAAAGAAGGUGACACCAAGUGUCAUUCCGGGAGAUAUGCUAGCGGCAAAGAUUCGAACUUAUCUAUCACAUCCAGUCACGUGGCAACCUUCAGCCGAUCAACGGAGAUUGAUAGGACAUAUGAUAUUACAUCGAACAGACAGCGUAUCAAAUGGAGAUCUUGGGUUGAAAGUAAUCGGUGGUAGACGAACGGAUACAGGUCGUUUGGGAGCUUUCAUCACUCAAGUGAGAACUGGAUCGGUGGCGGAUACGGUUGGAAGACUGAGAAGAGGUGAUGAAGUCCUUGAAUGGAAUGGGGAGAGCCUUCAAAAUCUGACAUUUGAUCAAGUGUAUGAUGUGAUCGCGAGAAGCAAGAAUGAGACCCAAGUUGAGCUGAUUGUCAGCAGAUCGGCGAGUAUGCCGGGUGGUGACGACUUCUUGAACGUGCAUCAGCAGAGUUAUGUGCCUCAUGCAAGUGCCGCCAUUUCCGGUCCUCUUAUCAUGCCUCAUCCACAAAGACAUCUACCUGAUCCACAUUAUGUGGCGGCACAAGAAGAACUCCGUCUCACCUCUCCCUCCCAUUCUCCACUCCUCGCUCAAAUGCCCCAUUCACAAUCAGCCACCCUCCCACAAUUACCACUGAUGAUCCAGCAGAGUCCACGACACAAGCCAUCACUGCCGAUCUACUUUUCGCCAACUGAAAUUGAGCCACCAGCUUUCCUAUUGGAAUCGGCUAUCGCUCCAAUGAUGUGCGCUCAAAGUGAUUAUCAAUACGCAAAGGGGCAAAUUUUUGGGACAAUCGAGGUAUCUUUGUUCUAUUCUCUGCACGAGCGUCUCCUCACCGUCACUCUCAUUCGUGCCUACGAUCUUCCACCACGACCCGAUGGAAUGCCCCGGAAUCCUUAUGUGAAACUAUUCUUGCUGCCGGAUCGAAGUGAAGCCUCAAAGCGACAAUCUUCUGUUCUUGCGGAAACGACAAUGCCCGUUUGGAAUGAAGAAUUCUAUUAUAAAAAUCUGACUGAACCCAUUUUAAUGGAGAGGAUUUUGGAAGUCACUUUAUGGGAUUACGAUAAAUAUGAAGCGAAUUCGUUUCUCGGAGAAGUUUUAAUCGAUUUCUCGAUGAUUCCUUUGGAUGGACAAGCGUUGAAGUUCACUAUGGCCGACAUGGAUCAAGAGAAUCCGCUGAGAUCGAGACUAAGGCUACGACGAUCCUCGCAACACUACGGCCAACUCCCGCAGCGACCCCGCUCAGAGAUGACAACAUAUUAUGGAGAUCGAUAUGGGCCAAGGUCUCAUUCAUCUGAUCCCUAUUCGGGGGAAUACACUUAUGAUGGAGUGCCUGGAGCUCGACAACAACUCUUUGAUAACGCACAAAUGCGAAGAUCGAGAACGUAUGAUAGAGGGAGAAUCGGUGGUGGAGGGGGAAGGAUCACACCGCUCGAAUAUCAUCAACGAGAUUACCGUGUCGAAGAUGACUGGACCCAAAACAAUCAAUCUGGUUAUUUAUCCGACCACGGCUACACCCAACCCAUCCAAGUCCAACGAUACCGACACCGAAGACCCCGAUCAGCCACAGCGAUGAGACCAAUGACAGCUGCCGAGAUGAGCGCAAGUCGGAUGUAUAGCCGAAACUUGCCCAGUGAUCCGUACUAUAAUCAGGAUUACGAGGAUCAACCCCCGCCUCCACCACAACAUGCACAAUAUUAUCAACAACAAGAUCAACAACAACAACAGCAACAACAGAAUAUGAUGCAGCAAAAUUAUACCAUCCAACAACAGCAGCAAAUGCUUCAAGGACAACAAAUGAUGACGAAUCUCCAAGAACCCCUCCGACAUGACCCUCGUUCACCGAAUGGACGAGUGAUCAUGGGCGAAACUGCAGGUUAUGGAAGUGAUGGAAGUGAAUCGCUCAGUCUUCACUCCGCUCAUUCAAUGCCUACUGUGAGAACAAUCAAUCGUCGCCGAAUUCAACCUGAAGUUCAUGAUGAUGAAGAUUACAUGCAUGAAGGAGGACAUGGUGCAGAAAGGAGAAGAGAAAAAACACAAAGGGAGAAGGUACCCGCGAAUCAACAAGCUGCACAAGAAGCAAAAGAAAGGAAAAAGAGUCUCAUGACGAGAUUCAUUCCCGGAAGAAAUGCGCCAGGUCAAGGAAAGCGAACCGGUUUCGCGCGCUCGGAAGAGGUGGGAAUUCCGGAGAAUCUGAGUUCGGAUCGCCUCCAAACGGCUCCUUUUUUAAAGCAAACGAGCAAGGAGAGCACGGAUAGCAGUCAUUCAGACAACUGGUUGCCCGUUCUUCCCGAUGGCCCACUUGGAACGUUUGUUGACAAUUUGGGACCGGGACAAGUUGUUGGAAGACAGGUACUGGCUUCACCUGUCCUUGGCGAGCUCCAAAUCGGCAUCAUGGCUCACCGAUCGAGCAUUGACGUUGAAGUGAUUCGAGCGAAGAAUCUUGUCGUCAAACCGGGCACGAAAAUCAAUCCAGCUCCCUAUGUGAAAGUCUAUCUAAUGGAGGGGAAACAGUGCAUCGCAAAGGCGAAAACGAAUCCCGCUCGAAAAGGGACAUCUCCUUUAUUUCAACAACAUCUCAUCUUCAACGAUAAUCCGAAAAGGAAAAUGUUGCAGAUAACAGUGCUCGGUGAUUAUGGUAGAAUGGAGAGGAAAUCUUUCAUGGGUAUUGCCCAGAUUCGACUUGAUGAUCUCGAAUUGAGUCCCGAGCCGGUGAUCGGUUGGUACAAGCUUUAUCACAGCAGCAGUCUCGCCGGCACAGCUCCCAUCAGAAAAGACUCCGAAACUGAACUCAACGCUCAAUCACAACAACAACAA